AUGGCGAUCACUGCCCAUACGCACAAUCUAUUAUCAGCGUCUUCAAAGCAUACAACUGCCACUCUACCGUUUGCCCUUCUCCGACGAACCAACCAUUCUGGUUCUUCCUUUUCCAUUCCCAGUCACGAACACUUAUCGGACCUCAUUCUAAACCAGAAAUCGCCAUCCCAAGCUCUCCAAACAUUCCAAUGGGCCUCGAAGCUUCCCGGUUUCAUUCACUCCCUCGCCACUUAUCGCGCCCUGAUCCACAAGCUCUGCACUUUCCGCCGUUUCGACGAUGUCUACCAACUGCUCGACGAAAUGCCUGCUUCCAUAGGCACUCCCCCGGACGAUUCCAUCUUCAUUACAGUCGCCCGAGGCCUUGGGCGGGCUGCCCAGAUCCACCGUGUUAUCGAAGUUCCCGACUUGGCCUCCAAGCUUCACGCCAAGCCCCCAUCUUUGAAGCUCUGCAAUUCCGUGCUUGAUGUCCUCGUGAAGCACGACAUCGAUUUGGCUCGAAAGUUCUACAGGAACAAUAUGAUGAAGCGUGGAGUCGAGGGUGAUGACUACACUUUCGGGAUUCUAAUGAAAGGUCUUUGCUUGACGAAUAGAAUUGGCGAUGGCUUCAAGCUUCUGCAGCUCAUCAAGUCUGCUGGUGCGAAUCCCAACUCGGUCGUUUACAAUACUCUGCUUCACGCCCUUUGCAAGAAUGGUAACGUUGGGAGGGCCAGGAGUCUGAUGAGUGAGAUGGAGAAACCCAAUGAUGUGACAUUCAACCUUCUCAUAUCUGCCUACUGCAAAGAGGAUAACUUAGUUCAGGCACUUGUGUUGCUGGAGAGGAGUUUCAGCUUGGGGUUUAUACCUGACAUUGUUGCAGUCACCAAGGCAGUGGAACUUCUCUGCAAUCGUGGUCGUCUUGCUGAGGCUGCCGACAUAUUGGAAAGAUUCGAGACCAAAGGAGGCACAGUUGAUCUGGUAGCGUGUAACACUUUGGUUAAGGGCCUCUGCAAAUCUGGAAAAGUGAAAGCAGCUUGUGGAUUCUUAAAGGGGAUGGAACUUAAGGGUUGCCUUCCCAAUGUUGAGACCUACAACUUGUUGAUCACUGGUUUUCUUGAUUGUAAAAUGCUGGAUUCUGCCCUCGACAUGUUUAACGAGAUGAAGGUGGCCGGGAUCGAUUGGAAUCUUGACACAUUUGAUGAACUUAUAAAAGGUUUGUUCUCUGAAGGGAGGCUCGAAGCUGGUUUCAAGAUCUUUGACCUGAUGGAAGAUAGCAAAGGAGGUUGUGGGGGUCGAAUUAGUCCUUACAACAGCGUGUUGUAUGGGUUUUACAGGAAAGAUAUGUGGGAUGAAGCUCUUGAGUUCCUGGUGAAGAUGGAGAGCCUGUUUCCGAGAGCUGUUGAAAAGAGCUUGAGGGUAUUGCGGUAUUGCGAAAAGGGUGCAGUCGAGGAUGCAAAGAUGGUUUAUGACCAAAUGGUCAAUGAAUGUGGGUUGCGUAGUGCUCUUGUGUAUGACUGCUUAAUCCAUGGAUUUUGCCAAGAGCGCAAUGUGCAGAAGGCAUUUGACAUCAUGAAUGCUAUGAUUGAACAUGAUUAUUACCCUGUUGCGUCAACUUUUAACGCUGUGAUUUGCGAGCUCUGUAGGCAGGGAAAGGAAGCUAGCGCCAUGAGGCUUCUCAGGGACAUGGCUGACCGAGGCUUUGCACCUGAUGCUGGCAGUUAUAGUCAGGUAAUCUAUGUGCUUUGUGAGAAGGGGAGUUUUCAGAAAGCUGGGAGUUUGGUUUCACAAAUGGUGGAGAGGAAGAUUGAUCCUGACUGGCAAUCUAUGCUUGUUUGGCUAAGUCGGGAUGAGGUUUGGCAGAGCAACCAUUCUACUUUGGCUGUAAAUAAUCUCACGUAG